ACUUAGACAAAACUGAAGUGACCAGGGUGCCUGGCUGUUUGUUUGGGACGGUAUAUUUGGCGUUUAUUUCUUUUCUUUUCAUGUAAGUGUUGUUGUCAAUAUCUCGAAGCUGUUAAACAAUGAAUUUUCAUCAUGGAUAACUCAUCAGCUUCACGUGAUGCCGUCGCGUACAUGAUGAAGGAGGAGCGCGCCGUGUGCGCCCCGGUGGAGACGAUGGCCGCCGACGGGCUGACGCAGCUGCCGCCGCCGCCGGCCGUACUCUCGCCGGCGCCCUCCACCACCAUGUCACCGCCGCUCUCCGAGCCCGACCACCGGGCCGAGCACGGCGGACGGCUCAAGUUCUUCGGAAAAGACGGCCGUGUCGUGCUGGAGCUGUCACACAGUUCGGACACGUUCGAGAAGCGCUGGGUGGCCGUGGCCAGGAAAACCUACUGGACGCCGCCCACCGUCAACGCGCGCAUGGAACAGGUGGCCUCCUUCAGUGACGACUGCUCGUCGGUCCAGUCGUCUCCGUGGCCGGUGGAUCCAUACCGGCGGAAACAGGGGGCUCCGCGGCGACGGUCCAGCUCGGGCGGCACCCUGCAGCAGCUCGGCUGUCCGCCGGCGCUGGCGCUCUGGCAGGCGGCGGCCGGCCGCGCCCGGCUCCGGCGCCUCAGCAGGAAGCCCACGCUGGCAGCGUUCCGGCCGCCGCCGCUGUCGCCGCCGCCGGUGGCCGAGCGCCGACCGCGGAGGAAGCAGAGCCCCCUGCCGGCGGCCGGCCGCGCCGCCACGCUAGAGUCGCUGGUGGGCCGGCUGGCCGACCGACGGCGCCGGCCCGUCGUGCGGCCCACGCAGACGGUUCGGAUUCGGACCGGUAAGGCGGGUCCGUCCGCCUGGCAGACGUCCCCCAGGAAACGGCCGCACGCUGGCCGGGAGACGGGCGCCGCGCGCUCGACGCGACCGUCCCCCGGCCCGUCGACCUCGUCUAGCGCGGCCGGCGCGGGCCUGAGCUCGCCAGGGACUCUCCCCGGCUCGGCGGCGGCGCCGACUGUGGCGGUCAGUCCGGCGGCCUCCGAGCCGCGGGAACCGCCGCAACGAAACGGGCGCGGCACGGCGCCCUGCUCGGCCUACUCAAUAGACUCACUGCUGGCAGCGCCGAGUGCGCGGAGCCCGGCCCGCCCGUCACCCCGGCCGCCGACCGCGCCGCCGGCGCCGCCUCCAGCCAGCGAGCCGCCCGCUCCGCCGCCGCCGACCUCGGCACCUUCCUCCGCGCCGCCGCCGCACUCUGUGGCAGCGUCCGGCGCGUUCUCGCCGCUGGCGUGCCACCAGUCGCGGUACAUGCAGUACCUGCAGGCGGUGUCGGCGUUCCGCGGCCUGGAGCACCUGGUGCCGGCGGCGCCGCCGCUGCCAGCCGCCUACCCGGCCUACCCGCUGGUCUCGCCACUGCUCUACUCGCAGCUCAGCCACCCGACGGUGCACCGGCCGGCGCCGCUGCUGGCGCGGCCGGCCAGCCCGCCGCCGCCGCCACCGCCGCCGCCGCGGUCGGCGGCGGCGCGCCAUCAGCUGCCGAGUCCCGCCCACCAGGCCAGUCUCCACAGUCCGGUGGUGGCCGCCGCGCUACAGCCCGAACAAGACGCGCCGCUGAACCUGUCGCGCAGGUAGCAGUCGGUGGCGUCUGUUCCGCUGUGCGGCCGACCGGCCCCUCCGCGCCGACCGGCCGCCGAACCUUCCAACCUCGCCGCGGAGGCCAUCUUGGUGCUGGAGAGGAGCGCCGCCGCGCGGCGCGCCCUACGUUUGUUGGUCUGUUGGAGAGGGUUUGGAAGACUCGGCUGGUCCCAGAGCAACACUUCACAAAGCGAGAAAGUGAGAGGGAGAUUGGCGUGAAUGAGUGUAUAUUAGAAUCUGGAAGGCAAUAUGGUUUUCUCGCUCAGUCUCGGCAUAAUUUCUUCCUUCGUUGCUGCCUGUGAUCUUGGGGCCCGUUCCGUGGUGGGUGGCGGGCUCUCGGGACCUGAGCUGGACGCCAGUCUGCUCUCCGCUGGUGUUGCCGUCCGUCCCGCGGCCCGGCCCGCCGGCACGCUCUGCGCAUGCGUGCACCGUGCUCCGCCAGGCGGCGCUGCGGUCGACUCCGUCCGCCGGCCCUCGGCGCUCUCGUCUCUUCACUCCGGCUCGUCAAGAUCUCAGCUAAUGCCUCCGUAUGUGAUAUGUCUGGACAAUCGCACCAUGGGGCCGGCCAGUGGCCCCCGCGUCGCAUCGGUCGACCGCCCGGCCGGGCACGGCUCCCGGUUUUGAUAGAAUCAGUUUUAUGUUUUGUUGUUUCAUGAACUUGCGGCGCCUACGAUGUGUUGUUCAGUGUGUUGUUUUGUUUCGAUGAAAUGUUGUUGUCGCGCUGCAAUUGGUGCGUGACUCAUGCUGAUGACAAGUGUCGCAUUCGGUUAGAGAUGUGUUAUUGUUUCUCAUCUGUUCGUCAUCCCGGCGUUCGAGCUUGCUGCCACUGCGUUGUCGAGUUCGUUGCGCGCUGGAUCACCUCGGACCAACAGAUGCCGCCCCACUGCUGGUGCCUACUGCACCCGCCGUCUCCAGUGCCUUAGCGAAUUUGUUGGCGUAUUGUACUUCCUCCGAGUAAUGCUCGAUUUAUAAGCACCUGUGCCAAUGGAACGUCGUAAACUAGAACAUCAAACAAAUAGAUAAAUGACAUUUCGUAUUUAUUUUGCUACCAGAUAUUCAUAGUGCAAGUCUCCACGAACAUGUUUUGUACUUGAAUAUAUGUAAAUAUUCACAUGAUCGCGAAUACAUCAGUACAACGCGA